UCAUUGAUUACAAAUAGCUAUUCCUUGUUAGAAUCCUUUCAGAAUUUAGUAAUAUAAAAAUGAUGUAAUUAUCGUUGAUGAAAGCUUCAACGUUCCGUUUAGUAUUAUUUGUGCUUUCAGCAUGAGAUUAUUUUGUAAAUGUGUUAAAGUUUUAGCAGGAUUAUACUUGAUACUUGCAAUGGCAUUACAGCUCAGGUUUUUUCAAAAAGAAGAAACGGCAAGGCUCAAAAAAGAAAAGUCACAAAGAAGUAAAUUUUUCGUUAAAGUUCCGGAACAAGGUACUUUUUUGUACUCUGCCUUUGUUGACAACGAAUCCUGUGCAGAUAACGAAAAGGACUCUCAUCUCCUUAAAAGCAGGAAAUUGACAAUUAUAGCAUGGCAAAAUGAAACUUCUGUUAACCAAACAUUUUGUUGCUGUAUAUCGACAUUAAAUAAAAGAACAAUACAAAUGAAAGUUAUAAAGUUUGAUCAAAGCCCUCCUUCUCAACUUAUUGCAAUGCGCUUAGAGUGUAUUUUAAGUGAAGAUAGCGACAGUAUUAUAGGCGCGUCACUAACUACUCAAAGCAUUCCUUGCUCUGAAAACAACAAGCAUUAUAUUAAACCUACCAUUCGUAAUUCAUGUCUACUUAGAGAUAAAAUUGCAGUGUGUAACAGAUUAAUGUAUGGUACCGUUAAUCCCAAAUUAAUCAUAGAAUGGUUUGAAGUUCAUCGUUUCCUUGGAGUGGAUCAUUUCAUUAUGCACCCAGAACGGGGAUUGAAUUUACAGGCGCGGAAUGUUUUAAAAUAUUAUGCGAAGAAAGGAUUAAUGGAAGUAAUAGAUUUUGAAUUUCCCCUGAAAGACACAUUAACGAGAUUAAAGAAAGCAGAAACAAUAUCAACAAAAUCUGAGCGUAGAAGAGAGAGUCAACCUUUGUGGAACGCCGAACAAAUUGCACUGUAUGAUUGCAGAGAGCGACAUAAAUACUAUGAAUUUGCGAUCGAUAUUGACCUUGAUGAAAUUUUAGUGACAGAGGCAGUAGACAUUAAUGCUCUUAAAACACACUUGACUGAAAUAUUCCGAAGGAGCAAAGUUGCAGUAUUAUCCUUUUAUGUAAAUCUGCAUUUUACAUCUGAAAACCCGAGGCACGAAACACAUCCGUUGCUAAUAAAGAGAUACCAAGAUGCAACGCAACCAGUCGAUAACAGAGUAAAAAAUAUGUUUAUGCCAUCAAGGGUGGAUGCUGGUAAUGGGUCGUCACAUAAACUUUAUCCCCUGGAUGGGUUUUCAAGGGAAUAUCUUGAUCCAAGCAUAGCAGCAAUACAUCAUUUCCGUGAAUGCAAGAAAGAUACACCAUUUGAGCUGUUUGCUUAUGUAAAUGGAACUGUUGAACAGAUAAAGAUAACAUGCAAGUCAUUUAGGAGGAACAAUUCUACAGCUAUUAAACAGCUGUCGAGUCAAGAUAUGAUAAUAAAAAAUAUUUCAAAUGUUGUUAGCACCCUAAUGCUGUCUAAUAUUGAAACAGAUCAACUUGCAUAAUAUACGUAAACUGUUGAAAAAACUGUAUGCUACUCUGUUAUACGUCAUUGAGAGUUUCAAAUAUUGAACUGUCUACAGACAAUAAAGCAUACAAAGUGUAAAAAGAAGAUUGUAAAAAUAUGACUCUUUUUGAAAAUCAUGUCCACCUUAUAAUACAUUUUGUGACAAUAUUAACGUGAAAUAGCUGUUCCUUCUGAUUUGACUAAACUUUUAAAAGAUUAUUGUGUGCCAUAAUUUCAAGAAAACAUAUAUUUGUAAUACAAAUUGCUUCACUUUUUAAUUAUGCUUAAUCUUUCAAGUUUAAAGCAUAGUAUGAAAUGACGCUAAAUCUGCCAGUGGAAAUUGGUAUAUGAUACAUAUACAAGUAUAUUAUUUGUGCAGUAUAAUAGUUGUUGUGUCGUAUAAUUUAUGUGAGUUAUGUAUCAUUUUAAAGCGACUAACCCACACAUUGUGAUUUGUAAUUUUAAAAUAAUUUAUUUCCGAAGGGAAAAAUGCCGCCACUGUUUCAUUUAUUUACAUGAAACAUAAUGGUUGACCAGUUUAUAGUUUGCAAAAUUACGGGAACACUUAAUAUUUUACAGUUUAUUAAUGAACUUUUAUAAACCGUUACCACGCUUUAUUUUCUAAACAUUGAUAAAUCUAGAACGAGACGCGACAGUAUUUUUAGACGCUAUCAUCACAUGGGCAGCAAACUAAAGGCUCGCAUGUGGUUUGAUGGUUAAAUUUACAUUCUCGACUACCGUUUAGGGAAGUCAGCAU